CAGAAUGCAAACUUAUGUAUCAGAGGACAGCAGUAAUGGCACCUCGUUCUCUAUCUGUUGACCCACUCACAUAUAUACUGGGUAAUCAUUACUCUAUGGUGAUAGCAGACGAUGCGUACUGUAGUAGUUUUGGUGUUCCUGCUACAGGUGGUGUUAGUGUGGACGUCUCCUGCUCCUUCGCCUUUCUGGGAAAACUUCAUCCAAGAGGAUGAAACGGAGGCCGAUGAAGGACUGACUGAGCAACUCAUGGAGAUUGGAGAGUCACUUUUUGGCAUGCCAAAGACUGAGUCAGGAGAUGCAGUAUCUAGAUGGAGUCCAGAGAUGGAUCUAAAUCCUGAGGAGUUAGGGGAGUACGCUCAGGGAGAUCUGCUGAUACCAGCCACCUCCGAGAGGGAAGCUCGGAAUGGACUCAAAGCUGCUUCCACACACUGGCCUAAGGGCAUCGUCCCAUAUGAGAUCAGUCCUUACUUCAAUCAGCGUGACCAGUCUAUGAUUAACGAAGCUAUUGCCGAGUAUCGGAAGUUAACCUGUGUCAAGUGGGUGCCGCGGACUGGUAGUGAGAGAGAUUACGUUUACAUCACUAACAGCAACACUGGAUGUUGGUCCUCGGUGGGCCGGAUCGGCGGACGACAAGAACUCAACCUUCAGAGUCCAGGAUGCCUCACCAAGAAGGGCACGGUUAUGCAUGAAAUGAUGCACGCAAUUGGUUUUCUCCAUGAACAAAACAGAUGGGAAAGGGACAAGCAUGUAACAGUCAACUACCAGAACAUCCAGUCCGGCAGAGAAAACAAUUUUGAAAAAGCAAAAAAGAAGGAAACUGAUAACCAGGGAGUGGCUUAUGACUAUCGCAGUGUGAUGCAUUACUCUGCCAAUGCUUUUUCUAGGAACGGACAACCCACCAUAGUCCCCAAGACAAGAGGAGUUACACUUGGCCAAAGAGAAAAUCUGAGUAGAAAAGAUGUUCAGAAAAUACGCCACAUGUACAAAUGCAAAUAAAAAAGUUGUUAUGUUGUA